AUGCAGAGUAAGGGAGGGUGUGGGGCUGGCUGGGCUGGUCAGUUAUGUUAUGCAGAGUAUGGGAGGGUGUGGGGCUGGCUGGCUGGGCUGGUCAGUUAUGUUAUGCAGAGUAAGGGAGGGUGUGGGCUGGCUGGGCUGGUCAGUUUAUGUUAUGCAGAGUAAGGGAGGGUGUGGGGCUGGCUGGGCUGGUCAGUUAUGUUAUACAGAGUAAGGGAGGGUGUGGGGCUGGCUGGGCUGGUCAGUUAUGUUAUGUUAUGCAGAGUAAGGGAGGGUGUGGGGCUGGCUGGGCUGGUCAGUUAUGUUAUACAGAGUAAGGGAGGGUGUGGGGCUGGCUGGGCUGGUCAGUUAUGUUAUGCAGAGUAAGGGAGGGUGUGGGCUGGCUGGGCUGGUCAGUUAUGUUAUACAGAGUAAGGGAGGGUGUGGGGCUGGCUGGGCUGGUCAGUUAUGUUAUGCAGAGUAAGGGAGGGUGUGGGGCUGGCUGGGCUGGUUCAGUUAUGUGAUACAGAGUAAGGAGGGGUGUAUGGGCUGGCUGGGCUGGUUCAGUUAUGUUAUGCAGAGUAAGGGAGGGUGUAGGGCUGGCUGGGCUGGUCAGUUAUGUUAUACAGAGUAAGGGAGGGUGUGGGGCUGGCUGGGCUGGUCAGUUAUGUUAUGCAGAGUAAGGGAGGGUGUGGGGCUGGCUGGGCUGGUCAGUUAUGUUAUACAGAGUAAGGGAGGGUGUAGGGCUGGCUGGGCUGGUCAGUUAUGUUAUGCAGAGUAAGGGAGGGUGUGGGGCUGCUGGGCUGGUCAGUUAUGUUAUACAGAGUAAGGGAGGGUGUAGGGCUGGCUGGGCUGGUCAGUUAUGUUUAUGACAGAGUAAGGGGGUGUAGGGCUGGCUGGGCUGGGUCAGUUAUGUUAUGCAGAGUAAGGGAGGGUGGGGGCUGGCUGGGCUGGUCAGUUAUGUAUCAGAGUAAGGGAGGUGUGGGCUGAUGGGCUGGUCAGUUAUGUAUGCAGGUAAAGGGAGGGUGUAGGGGCUGCUGGGCUGGUCAGUUAUGUUAUGCAGAGUAAGGGAGGUGUGGGGUCUGGCUGUGGGCUGGUUCAGUUAUGUUAUGCAGAGUAAGGGAGGGUGUAGGGCUGGCUGGGCUGGUCAGUUUAUGUUAUGUUAUGCAGAUAAGGGAGGGUGUGGGCUGGCUGGGUGGUCAGUUAUGUUAUGCAGAGUAAGGGAGGGUGUGGGGCCUGGCUGGGCUGGUCAGUUAUGUUAUGCAGAGUAAGGGAGGGCGUGGGGCUGGCUGGGCUGGUCAGUUAUGUUAUGCAGAGUAAGGGAGGGUGUGGGGCUGGCUGGGCUGGUCAGUUAUGUUAUGCAGAGUAAGGGAGGGUGUGGGGCUGGCUGGGCUGGUCAGUUAUGUUAUACAGAGUAAGGGAGGGUGUGGGGCUGGCUGGGCUGGUCAGUUAUGUUAUGCAGAAUAAGGGAGGGUGUGGGGCUGGCUGGGCUGGUCAGUUAUGUUAUACAGAGUAAGGGAGGGUGUUGGGCUGGCUGGGCUGGUCAGUUAUGUUAUACAGAGUAGGGGAGGGUGUGGGGCUGGCUGGGCUGGUCAGUUAUGUUAUGCAGAGUAAGGGAGGGUGUGGGGCUGGCUGGGCUGGUCAGUUAUGUUAUACAGAGUAAGGGAGGGUGUGGGGCUGGCUGGGCUGGUCAGUUAUGUUAUGUUAUGCAGAGUAAGGGAGGGUGUGGGGCUGGCUGGGCUGGUCAGUUAUGUUAUGCAGAGUAAGGGAGGGUGUAGGGCUGGCUGGGCUGGUCAGUUAUGUUAUACAGAGUAAGGGAGGGUGUGGGGCUGGCUGGGCUGGUCAGUUAUGUUAUACAGCAGCCAGUACUUCUAACUGAUGAGGUCAACACUCAGCAAGAAGCAGCCUAGUCCCCAUUGGAGCUGUUCCCUUGAAUCCUGUUGAGUCUGUAAAUCCUGUUUGUUCACCAUUGUGUCCUAUUUCACAAUCACAAUCCUCCCGCAGAACACACACAUGCACACGCACACACACAGACUCUUGAUAGGCUCUUUGUAAAGCACUGUCUUCUCUGUUGAUUUGGUCCAGAGCAGAGUGGGACGGGGAGUGAGAGAGUCCCCCCACAGCUUCCUGUGUGAUUGCGUUGUUUAGAACCAGAGGACAGUGGACUCUGAGGGGUAGAUUGUCUACAUACGGUAAUGAUAGUAAAUGUUAUCCUGUGAAUGCUAUCCCAUAAAUUCUGUGAAGUCACCCUAGGUGUCCCAAACACACACACACACACACACACACACACACACACACACACACACACACACACACACACACACACUACUCCCUGCUAAGAGCCUUAUCCUGCAGAUCAGUACAACGGACUACAUAAAGCUUUCUAAAGCUAUAGAUACAACACCGCUGUCAUGUGGAUGCUGUAACGUAAGCCUCUAUAAUACAUUAGCUAAAACCUGGACCAGGUGCUCCUGUCAGUGGUAGCUGGAUUAUAUCUAGAAACACACCUUUGUGUUGGUUGGAGAUGCAGUCAAAUAAUGUACUGUUUUCAACCCCAUCAAAUGUCCUGUGUUUUAGAAUCGAGAAUUGGCGUGCCCGACUCAAUAGUUGAUAAAAGUAUUUGGGUGCAUGGUUCAAAAGGCAUAUAAACUCUUUCUGUUUUCCUGCCAUGUUGAUGCUGUUGCUGAUUCUAAUGGCUUGUUGUGUCUCUCUGAUCUCUUCCAGGUUGGAGGCAAUAAGCACACCAUGAGUGACCACACGCACGUGGGGAACCACCAACAGAUCCACGUGGGGAACCACCAACAGAUCCACGUUCAACAGCUGUUUGAGGAGAACAGCAACAAACGGACAGUGUUGACUGCACAGCCCAAUGGGUUGACCCCCGUGGGCCGGGCAGGGCUACAGCCGCCUGACCGACAGCAGCCCGACAUCACCACUAGCACGGCCCAGUGUCGGCAGGGCAGCUCAGCCUCCCUCAAGUCCACCGACGGCAAGCCCCAGCCGGCCCCCCUGACCCCGGAGCAGGCCAUGAAGCAGUUCAUGUCCAAACUGACAGCCUUCGAGCACCAUGAGAUCUUCAGCUACCCAGAGGUGUACUUCACGGGCCCCAACGCCAAGAAGAGGCCGGGGGUGAUCGGGGGAUCCAACAACGGAGGGUACGAUGACGAUCAGGGCUCCUACAUCCAGGUGCCCCACGACCACGUCUCCUACCGCUAUGAGGUUCUCAAGGUGAUCGGCAAGGGCAGCUUCGGUCAGGUGGUGAAGGCCUACGACCACAAGGCCCACUGUCACGUGGCGCUGAAGAUGGUGAGGAAUGAGAAGAGGUUCCACCGCCAGGCGGCUGAGGAGAUCCGGAUCCUGGAGCACCUGAGGAAGCAGGACAAAGACUCCACCAUGAACGUGAUCCACAUGCUGGAGAACUUCACAUUCCGUAACCACAUCUGCAUGACCUUUGAACUCCUCAGCAUGAACCUCUAUGAGCUCAUCAAGAAGAACAAGUUCCAGGGCUUCAGCUUGCCGCUGGUCAGGAAGUUCGCCCACUCUAUCCUGCAGUGUCUGGACUCGCUGCACAAGAACCGGAUCAUCCACUGUGACCUGAAGCCGGAGAACAUUCUCCUGAAGCAACAGGGACGCAGUGGGAUCAAGGUCAUCGACUUCGGCUCCAGCUGCUACGAGCACCAGCGGGUCUACACCUACAUCCAGUCUCGUUUUUACAGAGCUCCUGAGGUCAUCCUGGGGUCACGCUAUGGGAUGCCUAUUGACAUGUGGAGCCUGGGCUGUAUCUUAGCAGAGUUACUCACCGGCUACCCUCUCCUGCCAGGCGAGGAUGAAGGGGAUCAACUGGCCUGCGUCAUCGAGCUGCUGGGCAUGCCCUCGCAGAAGCUGCUGGAUUCCUCCAAGAGAGCCAAAAACUUUGUGAGCUCCAAGGGGUACCCCCGGUACUGCACGGUGACGACCCUGCCGGACGGCUCGGUGGCGCUGAACGGGGGGCGCUCCCGCCGGGGAAAGCUGAGGGGCCCCCCGGGGAGCAAGGAGUGGGUGACGGCCCUGAAAGGCUGCGACGACCCCCUGUUCCUGGACUUCAUCAAGCAGUGUCUGGAGUGGGACCCGGCCCUGCGCAUGACCCCCAGCCAGGCCCUUAGGCAUCCCUGGCUCAGGAGGCGCUUGCCCAAACCUCCCACGGGGGACAAAACGGCGGUGAAGCGCAUCACCGACGGGGGCUCUGGUGCUAUCACGUCAAUCUCCAAAUUACCUCCCACCUCAGGCUCCACCUCCAAGAUGAGGACUAACCUGGCACAAAUGACGGACGCUAACGGGAACAUCCAACAGAGGACAGUGUUGCCAAAACUAGUCAGUUGA